ACGACGCCGACCGUUGGGCGGCGUUGGGGUCGAGAAUUAUCGGGCGCCAGAGCCGAGAUUUGCCCUCACUGAUCAACCUACUUCUCGGUCCCUUCUACUGGUAACUGGUAAGCGCUAAGAGGACUAAGGAGUGAGUGGUGGCUGGUGACCCGAGGGGUCGGGAGUGCCAGGAGGCGAUGGGACGGAUGGCGAGCUCGGGAGUUGAAACAUCUGUGAUCCGUCUCGAGCAGGUCAGGCUCGUGGCUCCGAGCCCUGCCAGUAGGUUUGUGAAAAUAUCGCAGAUCAAAAAUCAUUAUUUAUUUUAUUUACGUUAUUAUUAUUUUACUUUGUUAGUUAUAAAAUAAAUUGGUUAUCUUUAAAAUUAUACUCAGCUAUUAUUAUAAUAUUGUACAUAAAUUUACCAUAAUAAAUCCGACAUUAUAAAAAUCUAAAUAAAUGUGUAUGCAGCUCAUCAACAAUUACUUCUUGUAACUAAAUAAUUUCCUAUCAAUCAUUUGUAUCAAUAUGCAGCAUGUAUGUAGUGUUGAUUGCUUGUAGGUAUACAGUAUGAAAAUGAUCGCUCCAGUUCUGGAUAAAUAUAAUUUGGGCAUUAGUGCCAUUUUAAUUGUAAUCAUGCAGCUAAUGUUCUUCAUAAUAGCUGUCACGUUACAAUAUGAUAAAGUUGCAGAUUUUGCUGGCGGCAUAAGCUUCAUUUUAGUUGCUAUACUAACUUACGGUUUAGCUCAGACACAUGAUAAUCGCCAAUUUAUGGUUACCCUGUUUGUAAUAAUUUGGGGUGUCCGUUUGAGUACAUAUUUGUUCUAUCGGGUAUUAAAAAUUGGAAGGGAUGCAACAUUUCCAGACAGACGAAGUAAUAUGAUUCGCUUUGCCGUUUUCUGGAGUUUUCAAGCAAUCUGGGUACUCAUUGUUAGUUUGCCGAUAAUCGUUAUUAAUGCACCUCAUAACUCAAUCAAAGCCGGAGCUCCUAAAACUAUGACUACUUUGGAUACUUUUGGAUGUUGUGUUUUCAUUUUUGGCUUUAUAAUAGAAACUUUUGCCGAUCUACAGAAAUAUGCUUUUAGAAGUGAAGAAUCCAAUAAGGGAAAAUGGUGCGAUGACGGACUAUGGAGCAUGUCGCGACAUCCAAAUUAUUUUGGAGAAAUCGUCUUAUGGUGGGGUAUUUUUAUUGUAUCGUUAAAUGUUAUUAAAGGACCUGAGUUUUUUGUAAUUUUAUCACCAAUCUUUACAACGUUCAUCAUCUUAUUUCUUUCUGGUAUUCCACAUUUGGAACGUGUCUCGGAUCAUCGAUUUAGAAACAAUACUCAAUAUCAGCUUUACAAACGUUCUACAUCGCCGCUAAUACCUAUUCCGCCGUCAUUUUAUAUGGGAGUUCCCGGAUUUAUAAAAAUGUUAUGUUGCUGUGAGCUUCCGUUAUAUAACUGGAUGCGAGCUCAUCCUUCUGACCCGCCAGAAGCAGCGCCUGCACCGAAAACUUCCUAGCAAAAAAAGGGAGCGGCUGUGACCAUGGUACAAAUGACAGACCGCUCCCAAGAAUCGCCAGUAUACUCAACGGCUACGACUUAUGUUUAAACUCUAAAAGGCAAUAAUGAGGUGAAUUCAUUUUAGUAUUGUUAAUUUAUUUUCAUUAUUUCUUGGAUAGUUUUGAAAAAUAACUACAUAAUUAAUUAAAACAACUGCCGUUCUUUUAACUUUAUUGAAGAGUAGGUAUGUUGUUAUUAUUAAUUAUUAUCAUUUAAUAAUUAACUUUAUAUUUUAUAUGACAACAUUUGUGUUAAAACAAUUAAGUAAAUAGUCAUUCAUUUUAGAAUAUUAGAAAUUAAUUUUGUCUAACAAAUCCUCUUAGUUGAAACCACAUAAUAAUAUCAUUACUUGGUAAGUGGCGUAGUAAAUAUUUUUAAAUUUUUAUUCUAUUUAUAUAUCAGUCACUAAAUGUCAAUUCUUUUUAGAAGACUCUUUUGUAGUAUACUUCAAACUAAAAUUGUAUUCAUUAGUGACUAAGAAUUAUGUCUUAGGAGCUUGCGAUUGUUUUUUAUCUAAUCAAUUGUGGUUUUAUGUAUUAAAUGGACAAAAUUGGUUGAUCCAAAAUCGAUCAAUAAAUUAUUAAUUAAUGGGCUAAUCAUUUUUUGAAUAACACAUUAAUUUGUAAUAAAAAUAUGAUUGAUUCUAGAUUAUUUAAAAUAACUAAAAUUUAAUUAUUCGAAAUAUUAAUUAAUUUAUUGUUAACUUAUCAGUUUGUAUCAUGUAAAAACUAGGAAAUCGACAAUCGUAAUGUUAUUGAAAAUUGAUUAUACUACAGUUAAUGUAGGUUAAUCAAUUUUUCUGAACUCGAGAAAUUAAUUGAUUCAUUUUUGUGAAAUUCAAUUAAAUAAAAAAAAUCGCACAGCCUUUUAUUAUUUUACACAUUUAGUAUAGACUGAAUUAGUAGUAUUUAGGAAAUAAAGUCAUGUACACUUAUUUAACCAAUUAACAUAGUUUACGCAAUUUGUAAUUCAUAUUGUGCUUAAUCGGUUUAAACUGCCCAAGUAAAUUUAGUACAUGUGUACAUAGGUGACUGGUGGUAUAAACAGAAUUAACUUAAUCUGAAUUAACAAACAUUUUUUUCUAUGUUAUAUCACAUUAAUAUUAUUUCUCUUGUUAUUAUUAUAAUAUGUUAAAUUUUUAUACAUAGAUGCAACUUUUAUGAUACUUUGUAGGUUGCUGCGAAUUUCGGCCGCACAAUUAUUGUUAUUAAUUUAAGAUAAAAUAAUUAAGUACCCUUUUUAUUACAUGGUCCACACUAUAAAUCAAUGCACUUAAUAGUUGUAUACACUUUUUUUUAAAAUUAAUACACAUACCAAGUUACGUGUUCUCUAGGGUAGUCCUUAAAUGAGACGUUGCGUUGAAUGGCCAUCAUUCGGCUCUAAAUGUUGAAAAAAUAUUACCCUAAUUUUUCAGAUUUUUAUUUUAUCCCCCAAGUCUCACUGUUUGCACACCAAGUUUUUAUUCAUAAUAGAAAAAUAUACAAAUAUGCUUAAGUUUUUAAUUGAGUAUAUUACUAAAAUAAUUCUUAGUAAAGCCAUUAGCAUUUUUGUCAAAUAUUUAAAGAAGUCGUACAAAGAUCUAAUAUUAAAUAUGGGAGAAGUAUAUAUUUAUGUACUUGUAAUAUUGUUUUAUAAAUAUAUAUAAUGAGUUCUAUAUGUCACAGUUUCACAUCAUAUUUUACUGAUAACAAGUUUAAUUUGGAACUAGUGUAAAAUUAUAUAAUUUUUAAAUAAUUAUUUUUUAUUGACGAUCAAACUCUUCCCGUUGAUGCAAUAAAAAACUGAAAAGAAUAAGGGAAAUAUUUUUUUUUAAUAUUUGGAGCCGGUUGAUAAGUAUCCAACGUAGAAUUUUACAAAAAAACCAUUAUAAGGAUCACCCUAGUGUACUCAAAUAUCAAAUGAGUAAUAAGUCUACAAUAACCUAGUAAUUAUUAUUAUCAUUAAUUGUAAUUAUUAAUUUAUUUUUUAAAAUGAUAGCUCAAAUUGAAUCAAAUCUAGUCGCAACACAUAAUUUAGGGGUUAAAAUUUGUCAAACGUUUAUUUGUGAUAUUAGAAUUAUAUCUUGAUCUGUGAUUACUUAGAUAUACUUAUAGGAGUAUAGUUUAGAUAUUUAAAAAGUUUCUGUUAUUAUUAUUAUUAUUAUUAUUACUACUAUUGAUUUAUUGUUACAAAAUGUGUGUUAUAAGUGGUGUAGUCAUAAGACGACUCAACGACUACUGUAUGUAGUGUUGGCUGCAUAAUUUAUUUUUAUCACUAUAGUCUUGAGUUGGUGUUAAAUUAUUGUAACAUUUUAGCCAUUAGGGUUCUCAUUUUUUUACCUCUUGAAUAUUUAUACAAAUUUUUAUAUGGAUAUAGUUAAUUAUUGUGUAUGUUGAAUGGAAGCUAUAAAAACAUGUGAAUAAUGGUUUUGGUUGAUUGCAAUACAGGGACCACAUGUAUUGAUGAAAGUUGUUCAAUUUAAAGUUCAGUUUCACUCAUAAUUUAUUUUAAAACAUUUUCUUGACUUUGUAAUUUACUCUUUUUCUUCUAAUAUUUUUAACCCUUUUUUUACCAAUAUUGUUGCACCUUCUAAGAUUACAUUUUCUUACUACUACCACAAUCUAUAUUUUUAUUCAAAGUAAAGUUAAGGUACAUGAUUAUUUAUAGUUUCACAUAUAAUAGUACGUAAAAUUAAAUUUAAAAAAACCGGGAAAACUGUGAUUUAGCUUUCCUAAACACAUUAAAAAAAAAAAAAAAAUACCACUUUUUUUCUUUCAUUGUAAAAAUUGAUUAAGAAUCUAAAUUAACUUUAUGCGUACAUGAUGAUUAUGAAAACAAACAGAUUAGUAAAAAAUAUACAUAUUACAGAUUACUUUAUAAUAAUAUGUGUAAUAGGUAAAUAAGAUCAUUCGACAAUUGUUAAAUUUUAUAU